CUAUCUCGAUGCUCCACUGGAAAUAGCCAAACUAAGCGCUUACAUCUCCGAUCCACGCCGCACGGUCAAAUGACACGCAUGGACUGUUUCUGGCCAAAAAACUAAGAUUCGUAACAACAGCUAGCAGUGCCACGAGCCCGGGCACGCGUCACGCCAAGUUCAUCGGGCGCUGCGAUAGGUGGCAAAAGAAAGGCUCUCGAUAAUUUUAUGCCACAUUUGGGCUCCCAUCCGAGGAGGAAAUUGUAACCACACGAAUCGAAGAGAGAAAGAUCGACUUAUAUUUGUGGGUGCGUGUGUAUAAAACGCCCAGCCGCCCCAGCAGAGGACAUCAUUCAAUUGUGAUCACCUGCCUUGAGCACACACAUCAAGCACGGAAAGGUUAACAUGAAGGCGUUUUUGGCAAUUCUCGUGACCGUGGCCAUGGUUUCAUGUGCCGCAGCAUCCAGCCGUAGGAACAUCCGAAGCAUCAGCGAGCAUGGAUCGCAGCAGCCAGGAUACAACAAUCACGUGCAGGAGCAGCAGCAUGGGCAACAUCAGCCAGAGCAGCAGUACUAUGUGAUGUACCAGCAUGAAGAUAACCAACAUUACGAUCAUCAUGAAGAGCAGUCCUCCAAGGGGAAGUGGUCUCAACCGGACGAAGCCCUGAACGCGGCCCAAGAAUACCAGCACUACAUCCAGCAACAGCAUCAGUGGGAAUCGCAUAAGCUGCAUCCCGAAGCUGGACACGAAGCUCACCACCACCAUGAGGAACCUCAGUACGUCCACCAGGAGCAACAACACCAACAUCAGCAUCACCAGCAGCAACAGCAACAGCCGCAGCCAAUUCAGUACAGCAAGAUCAAGUACCAUUACGCUCAGCUGCAGCAGCAACCUCAACAUAUCCAGCAUCAAGAGCAGCAGCACCACGAGCAGCCCCAAUACGUCUGGGAACAGCCUGAGCAGCAGCAGCAGCAGCAACAUCACCACAUCGAGAAGCACGUUGUGACCCAGAAGGUGCCCUACCCGGUUGAAGUUUCAAAGCACGUUGCCGUUCCCGUGAACGUUCCUUACCCAGUCCCGGUGGAAAAGCAGAUUCCCCACGUGAUCGAAAAGGAGGUUCCCGUGUACGUAGAGAAGCACGUUCCAUACCACGUCGAACGGCAAGUGCCCUACCCGGUCAAGGUCCCGGUUGAGGGUCCAGUCCAUAAGGACAUCAACGUAGUUCGCGUCCCGAAGCCAAUCGCAGUUCAUGUCGAGAAGCCUUAUCCAGUGUACGUGGAUCAUCCGGUGUACGUGGAAAAGCCCGUCCCGGUGCAGGUGUUCAUUAUGAAGCAGAAGAAGAAGUCCUUCUUUGGCUUUUAGUGUGAUAAGUUUAGGCUAAGCUUGA